AGCACCACAAACAACCCUAAAAAAUCCAUUUUCUUUCGAACUCUAAUGGCUGCUUCGUUUCCAUCAAAGCCAAGUUGGGAUCAUGAUGUAUUCUUGAGUUUCAGAGGUGAAGACGUCCGCAAAACAUUUCUGGGACAUCUCUAUUCUGCUUUAAACCGGGUGGGAUUCAGGACAUAUAAAGACGACAAUGAGCUCGAAAGAGGAAGCGACAUAACCCCCAGCCUACUAGAAGCCAUCGAGCAUUCCAGAAUUGCAAUUGUCGUGUUCUCCGAAAACUAUGCUGAUUCUAGAUGGUGCCUGGACGAGCUGGUCAAAAUCCUCGAUUGCAGGGACAAGUUAGGGCAGAUGGUUCUACCCGUUUUCUUUCAUGUGGAUCCCUCAGACGUCCGCAACCAGAGGGGGAUCUUUGGCAAAGCCUUUGCGUGUCACCAGAAGGUUACCACGGACAAAGUAGAGAGGUGGAAGACUGCCCUUACCAAUGCUGCGGACCUUGCCGGCUUUGAUCUUCAAAGUGUCAAUGGGGAUGAAUCCGAGUUGAUCAAGAAAAUUAUUGAAGAUGUUUGGGAAAAAGUGCAUCACACAUACCUUAGUGAUGUGGACGGCCUUUUUGGAAUUGACUCUCCAGUAGAGAAAAUAAUAUCACUCUUGAGACUUGACUCCACAGAUGUUCAGUUCAUAGGAAUCUAUGGAAUGCCUGGAAUAGGGAAAACAACAGUUGCAGAGGUAAUUAGGAAUAGAAUCUCUAAGGAAUUUGAUGGUAACAGCUUGCUAAGGCUUGAAGACGUCCAGCUAGGAUCAAGACAUGGUGAACUGGUUAAGUUGCAAGGGCAACUUCUAUAUGAUAUUGUAGGAGUCCAAGACUUGCACCUACGAGAUGUUGAUGACGGAAUUGAAAAGAUUAGAGAUCGAUUUAAGCACAAAAAGGUUCUAAUCAUCCUAGAUAAUGUUGACCAUUUGGACCAACUUGCAGCUCUUGCUAAAGAGAAAAGUUGGUUUGGCACUGGCAGUAGAAUCAUAGUAACAUGUAGAUAUGAACAUUUGCUAAAUGAUCCUGGUUAUAGAGUGGAUGCCAAGUAUGAGGUCCCAUGUUUAGAGUUUUAUCAUGCUGAGAAACUCUUUUCUUGGCAUGCCUUCAGAGAACUUUCUCCACCAGAUGAUUAUGCAAACAUUUCUCAUGAGAUCGUGAGAUAUGCAGGAGGACAUCCAUUAGCUCUUAAAGUUCUGGGUUCUUUCCUAUCCGAUAAAAAUCGACUUGAGUGGACUAGUGCAUUGGAGGAACUCAAAAGUAUCCCCCCUGGGGAGAUUUUUAAAAGACUUAAAAUAAGUUUUGAUUCACUGGACGACCAUCAGAAGGCCAUUUUUCUCCACAUUGCAUUCUUCUUUGUAGGUAUGGAUGAAGACAAUACAAUUCAAAUACUAGAUGGUUGUGGAUUCCAUACAAAAAUCAAUCUACGUAGUCUUAUCCAAAAGUGCCUCUUAACAAUAAGAGGAAAGAAGCUGGGAAUGCAUGAUCUGCUUCAAGAGAUGGCAAGAGAAAUUGUUCGUGAAGAGAAUCGUGGUGAACCUGGUGAGCGCAGUAGACUGUCCUUUUAUAAAGAUGUUCGUAAGGUUCUGAAACACCAUAAGGGUACAAACAGAGUCAUAGGUCUUAAGGGGUUCUUCCCAGAAACAAGGGAGAAACCAUUUAGUACUGAAGCACUUGCACGGAUGAGCAAUAUAAGAAUACUCCAACUUAGAAAUGCUGACUUUGUUGGAAGCUUUGAAUAUGUUUCUAAAGAGUUAAGAUGGUUGUGUUGGGAAAGAUAUCCUCAGGUAUCCAUACCAUCAAGUUUAAAUCUCAAAAAACUGGUUGUUCUGAGUUUAAGGAACAGCAAACUCAAAUAUAUUUGGGAUGUAUCAAAGGUUCUUAAAAAUCUUAAAGUCCUUGAUCUCAGUCACUCGCAUGACUUAAUUGGAACCUCAGACAUCUCAGGUCUUUUAAACAUUGAGAAAUUGAUCUUCAAAGGCUGCAUUAAUUUGAUCGAGGUUCAUCAGUCCAUUGGCAAUCUUAGCAAACUCAUUUACCUGGACUUGGUAAACUGCCAGAACCUUGUUCAUCUUCCUACAGACAUUUGUAAGUUAAGGUUACUUGAGAAUCUUAACUUGUAUCUCUGCUCAAAACUAGAGGAGUUACCAGAGGAUUUUGGGAACAUGGAAAGUUUGAAAGAGCUCAAUAUAGGCUGCACUGCCAUCAAGCAUUUGCCCAUGUCCAUUGGCCAUCUCAAGAAUCUUACAAAUUUCUUUUGGAACAAUGGGGGAUCUUUGCUUGGAAGUCCAGGUACCUACAAUUUGUCUCCUCUAUGGAGUCUGACUUCUGUAAAAGAAUUGAAUCUGUCGUUCUGCAAACUAUCAGAGAAUUCAUUUCCCAGAGAUCUCAGUGGCUUACAAAAUUUGGAGACCUUGCUUCUAAGAGGAAACGCUUUUCAACACUUACCAAUUUUUCUAUCAAAUUUGCCAAAGUUAAAAACGCUUGAUGUUUCUGAAUGUGAUCUAUCAGAUACAUCAGGUCCCUUGGUUGUUGGAAGCCCCUUUUUGUGGCAAUUGAAUUUACGCAAAAACAACUUCUGCAGCCUACCAGUUGAUCUUACUUCCCUUCCUCUUAAAACCUGGGUUUCCCUAACGCUGUGCAAUAAGCUCAAAGUAAUAGAAUUUGAAUCAGGCAAGAUAUUCAUCACAUACCAUUGCAAUUCUUUGGAGAAAAUAACAUUCAAAGGAGGGCUCAGUGACAGUAGUGCUAGACCAAUCUUUCCUUCGCAUAUGCACUGGUACCAUGUGAAACGUUUAACUGGCAAGCAACUUGCUAAGUUAGAGCACUUGUUGGGAUUGAAGGCUUCGCUAAAGAAGUGCUCGCGUUUUUUCAGAGACUUCAUACUUACUUGGAGUAAGGAUCGUCCCAUUCAGGGUUUUUCUGAUUAUAUGGAGCCGAUUUAUAACAUCUUUCUUCCCGAAGGAACGAUGCCCUGUGGGUUUAAUCAUGAGGAUAAUGUUGCUUGUACAAUUGUAGAUGUGCCUCGAGUUUCAAGUGGAAGUUUCCAAGGGCUUGCAGUAUGUGUUAUUUGUCAUAUUAUAGAUCCUGAUCAUUCAACUUUAGCUAUAACAAUAGAGGAUGAGGAUUUUUCUCGUCACUACCAUACCCGCCUUUCCCCGCCCUUUGAGGACCAUAAAGGUGGAGUCAUGUGGGUCAGCUGUUGGAGAACACCAAGUUUGGUGAAUGAAUGCAAGAGAUUCAAUAUUAAAGUAAAGACUGACGUUACUGACGGAUCUAACGGAUCCCAUUUCUGGAUUGUGAAAAGGAUCGGUUUUCGCCUCUUAUCUGAAGAGGAGCUAGACCGGGCCACAGAUAUCUGGAGAGAAUCCAUCCGGACUUGUGAUUUGGGGCCAGAUCCUCCGUUUAUGGUCAGCACCAGAUUGGGAAGCUGGACGGAAGGAUGGGAAUUGAGGGAGGCAACACCAAGCCAUGGUCACUAUUGGCCACGAGGGCCUGCUCGGUGCUGCAAUCAAAAUUCAGAAGAUAGCGAAUAGUGAUGUUGACGUGCCAAAAUGGAUGGAGUCGCCAUCUAUCCAAAUGAGGUGGGAUAGAUCACCAAGGUCUACGUAGAAAUUGACUAGAUUCGGAGGGUCAGUUAAGUGUGGGGAAGGUGUUAGGCACCCCACAAACUUCCAUAUAAAUAUGGUUACCACAUACUUUAAUUUUGGGGAAUUUUCAAUUUUUAUCAAAUAAUAAUAAUUACCAAAUAAAUCAAAAAGAAAAAAUCACUUCAAAA